AUGUUAGGAGGAAAAUAUUUAAAUUUAAGACUUUUUAGUGAAAAAAAAAAUUCCCUUACAAGUAAUAAUUCAGAAAAUGCAUUAAACAGCAAUUUACAAAAUGAAAACAAAUUAGAAAAUAAUGAUGAAAAAACAAAAAAUUAUAGAGAUAAAAGAAUUAUACAUGAAGGAUGGUUAAAUAAAUGGACAAACAUUAUUGGUAGUUAUAGGCCUAGAUAUUUCGUUUUAGAAAAUGGAAUUUUAAGAUAUUCUAUAGACAAAUAUUCACCAACUAAAGAAACUUUUGUUUUAUCUCACUGUAAAAUUCGGGUAUGCCCUGAUGACCCAUUACAUUUUGAAAUUGAAACAAGUGAACAAGGAAUUUUAUAUUUGAAGACAGAUUUACCAGAGCAAAAACAUAAAUGGUACAUUUCAUUUAAAAAAGCGCAGUUAAAUUAUUUGCAUGGAAGUUAUAAAAAAGGAUUCAUGGAUGUUAAUAAUUUUAAUAAUAGCAUGUCAAAAAAUUCUUCAUUUUUAACGAACAUUAUAAAAAAUACAAAUGAUUUCGAUAAGAAUAAAAUUAACAACAUAAUUGGUGACUUAAUGCAAAAUAAUGGCAUACAGAAGGUUGAAAAUUUUGAUAAAGAAUCGUCAGAAUAUGCAUUUGAUUAUUCUGAGAGUAAUUUUAAAACAAAUGAUGCUAAAAAAAUAAACUUAGAUGAAUUAUUUAUAUGUAGUACUGAUUUUGAAGAUAAAAGCCCAACUUUAUGCUUAAUGGAAAAUAUUGUAUCUUUAAAACAAAUAACAAGAGAUAUAAUAAAAAAUUCUGAAUAUAAUCAAUCUAAAUCAAUUUUAAAUAAAAUGAAAUUAUCUAAUCCUAACAAAAUAAGUAUUAAUUAUAUAAGUUCACUGCUAUCUCAAUUGACAAACUCCAUAGAAUGUAUUGAUACAGUAAUAGAAAAGUAUAUUAAUUGUACUGAAAUGCUACUUAAAGAGGAAAAUAUUCAAUCAAAGUGUAUGAAUAAGUCAUUAAAACUAUUAGCGAAGCAAAAUUACUUUCUUGAAAAAUCUCAAGAAAAGAAAAUACUUGGUGAUUUAGACAUAAAAGUAAAAAAUAAAUUAGAAAAAUUAAAUAUUUAUGAAAGUGAUCAAGAAAGUGAAGAUUUGUUUUUUGAUUGCGAUGAAACAUUUUCUGAUAAAAAUAUUCAAUCAAGUGUCUCUAUUGAAAAUGAUUCUUCAAGAAGCUCAACUAGUAUAGGAGAUACUGAAGAGAAUGUAAAAAAAAAUACAAUAAAUAAAAAGAAAAAAAAUGAAAAAAAAUUAAUUGCUUUAAAAAGUAAUAAAAAUAGAAACGUAAAAAGUAAAUUGGAAUCAAAAAGUAAUUCUGUGAAUAAUGAAUUUGGAUAUAAAAAAAAAAUAAAUGCUCAUGAAAGUUUCGAUGACCAAGGUUUAGAACAAGAAUUUCAAACAUUAAAAAAGAAUGAAGAAUUUAAUAAAAUUUCAGAAAACACAGUAAAUGAAUGUAGUUUUCAAAAAGAAGAACACGGCAUAAAUGAUUAUCAAAGUAAUAAAAAAAAAAAUGACGCAUUUAAUGUUAAAAAUAAAAAUGAUGAAAUUGUAGAUUAUAAUAAUAAAGAUGAAAAUAAUACAUAUAUAUACACUCAGAAUAAUGAUGAACCUUUUAAUGAUGGUAAUGACAACAGUAAUGAAAGAAAUGAUUAUAGUCUUAUCCGUUUAUGUAAUACAAAAGAAAAGGAAUCAAUAAAUUUUAGUAAAAUAGAUGUUUAUACUGAUAAAACAAUUAAAAGAAGAAAAAAAUUACCAAGCCCUAGAACUGAAAUAAAAAUAAGCUUGUGGUCAUUACUAAAAGAUUGUAUAGGAAAAGAUCUUUCUCGUAUAGGUAUGCCCAUUUAUCUAAAUGAGCCAUCUUCAUUUCUUCAACGUCUUGCUGAAGAUUUUCAGUAUAUUUAUUUGUUAAAAUAUGCGUCAGAACAAGAAGAAAGUACAAGUAGACUAGCAUUUGUAACAGCUUUUACUAUAUCACCAUACGCAUCAGUAAUUGGUCGAACAUUCAAACCUUUUAAUCCAUUAUUAGGUGAAACAUAUGAAUUGACCCAUAGGAAAUUCUAUUUCAUAUCAGAACAAGUUGUUCAUCAUCCACCUAUUACUGCUUAUCAUUGCCAUAAUGAUUAUAUGGAGAACUUUGCUAGCAUAAUGGUAAAUGUACAAAUACUAGGAAAAUCUAUAGAAGUAACUAUACCAGGAUCAAAUCAUCUUAUAUUGAAAUAUAAAAAAAAUUGUAAUAAUAGCAAAAGUAUGAAUAAAACUAAAAAAUUGGAGGUAAAUAAAAAUAUUUCUAAUAAAAAUGAUAUUUGUGAUCAUAACAAAAUAAAAUAUUAUGAAAAAAACACAGUUAAAGAAGAAAUGAACACAAAAACCUAUAUUGAAAAAAAAGAUAAUAAUAUUUGUAAUGAAACUUUUAAUGAUAACAAUAAUGAUAUAAAAAAUUAUGAUGUUCAUAAACACGAUUUUUAUCCAAUAGAAAAGAAAGAAGACUUUAAUAAAAAUUGUAUAUUUGAGAAAAAUAUAGAAAAUAGUAAAAACAAAUCAUGUAAAAAAUCUAAAAUAAAAGACAGAGUUGAAAAAAACAAUUUUUUUAUAUUGAACAAUCAAAACAACAGUGAAAUCAAAAUUGAUGGAAAUAGCAAAAAUGAAAAUAAAAAUAGUGAAGAAAACGGUUGUGAUCGCAAUUAUGGCAAUACAUGGAAUACAAAUAAAUUAAAUGAAAAUAAUAUCAAAAAAGGAAAUUCUUUAAAUGAAAAUGGAUUACAAGUGGAUGAAAUAGAGAAUGAUGAAUAUUUAAAAAAAAAAAAAGGUGAAGGAGGAAGAGAGAAGAAAAAAACAAAGAUCAAUAAUAGUGGGGUAAAAAGUGAAUGUAGUUACGAGCAUUAUACAUAUCAAAGAGCAAAUAUGAUUAUACACAAUAUUAUAUUUGGAAAAUUAUGGGUAGAAUUACAUGGAAAUAUAUUAAUAAGAAAUCACAAUAAUGGAGAUUUUUCUAUAGUUCGUUAUAUAAGAAAAGGAUGGUUUGAUAAAGAAAUACACAAGGUACGAGGAAUUGUAUGUGACAGAUUUAAAAAUGUCAUUUUUUUUAUAUACGGGAAAUGGUCCCAAGAAAUUUACAUAGCAUACGUAAAAAAUUUGAAAAAACUACAAUAUGAUACAUAUUUCUUUAACGAAGAUGGAACCGAAAACACACAAUUUUUUAAUAAAAAUACUUUAAAUGAUUUCAUCAAUAAUUUUGAUUGGCAAUUUUAUGAGAAUAAUAUAGAAAAUUUAAAAAGUGUGUGCGUAUGGAGAGCACAAAAGAGACCUAAAAAUAGUGACAUGUAUUAUGGAUUUAAUUAUAUGACAGUAGAAUUAAAUGAAAUAACACCUGAAUAUGACAGGUUAAAUGGGGCAUCCAUAGCAUGCACAGACAGCAGAUUUCGUCCUGAUCAGAGAAAUUAUGAAAAUGGAAACAUAGAAGUAGCUAUGCUUGAAAAACAAAGGCUUGAAAAUAAACAAAGACAGAACUCAAAAAAGUAUGGAGCAAAUAAUUCUUACAAGCCCAAAUGGUUUUAUAAGAAUAAAGAUCCAAUUUAUAAAGAUAAUGAUAUAUAUUUAUUUAAUCAUAAAUAUUGGCUCACCAAAAAAAAUAAGGAGUUUUCAGAUUCACCUGAUAUAUUUUAA